AUGAGAUUCGCCGGCUCUGCUCUCGUCGCCGCCACGCUGGCCCUCUCCGCCGCCGCCGCGCCCCUGCCGCAAAACGCCAACGGCCUCACGUCCCUCCUGUCCAACAUCCCCAUCAUCGGGACCUUCCUCGGCGGAGCUGGCGGCGCCGCUGGCUCUGCUAGCCCUGCCGGUUCCACCAACAACACCGGCGCCGGUGCCGGUGCCAACCCCCUUGCCACUGUGCAGGAGCACCUCCCGGCCCCCGGCAGCGGCAUCGAGGGCAUCCUGUCCAGCGGCCAGAUCCUCGGCGACCACAUCAAGUACACGUCGAACCCGCCCAGCGCGCUCGAGCCCAUUCCCGCCGCGCAGAACAGCCCUCCCCGCGAGAUUCACCGACAGGCGCACGCUGCCCUUGUCCCUGCGUCGCAGAGGCCCGCUAGCUCCUAA